AUGUCUCUACCGUCAUUUCAGCGCCUUGUUCGCUUCAUCCCAAAGUCCAACGACCUCAAGGUGCUCAUCGGCGAGCCUGAAUCAGCCACCAUCGAUGUCGGGAUUGCGUUGCGCAAAGGCCAAGACGUGCCUGUGUUCGUCUGGUCAGGUUCCUCCGUGCUCAGCCCUGGCACGAAGACGACGCAGCGGGAGGUGGUCGAUAAGGUUCUCUCUCCCGUUGCGCCUCAUGAGGUCGGCACGAUCCGAUGCAUUGGCCUGAAUUAUGUGCAGCACGCCAAAGAACUUGACGCACCGAUUCCCACAGUCCCAACCGUCUUCUUAAAACCAAGCACCUCGCUCGCCAGCCCCUGGCCCACGCCGACACUGCUCCCGGCGAUCACACAGGCAGACGACACGGGCGACUACGAGUCCGAGCUCGCGGUAAUCAUCGGCCGCGCAUGCAAGAAUGUGUCCGAAACCGAAGCCCUCGACUAUGUUCUUGGCUACACGGCCUGCAACGACGUUUCCAGCCGCGCGAGCCAAUUCGCCCAGUCGCAAUGGUGCUACUCCAAAGGCUUUGACGGUUCCUGUCCCAUAGGUCCCGCGAUCGUCUCCAAGGAACUUAUCUCGGAUCCCGCAGCGCUGCAUAUCCGGGGUCUGAAGAACGGCGAGGUCAUGCAAGAUUCCCCGUCCCCGAGUAACCGUCCUGUCGCAGGGCACCACGCUGCCUGCCGGCACGGUCAUAAUCACGGGUACGCCUGCUGGCGUUGGCGCGGGCCGCAAGCCCAAGGUGACCAUAAGGCAUGA